CUUUUUGUUCCUGAGCCUCGCCCAAUUCCUAAAAAUGAUGUUGGAUUUAAAUACUCUGUGAAACAUCGGCCAUUUCCUGAAGAGGUGGACAAGAUUCCUUUUGUGAAGGCAGAUCUCAGCAUUCCAGAUUUGCAUGAGAUUGUCACUGAAGAAUUAGAAGAGAAACAUGAGAAAUUGAGAAGUGGCAUGGCCCAGCAGAUAGCUUAUGAGAUACACCUUGAACAGCAAAGUGAGGGGGAAUUGCAGAAGAGAACUUUCCCUGACCCUGUUACGGAUUGCAAGCCCCCACCUCCUGCCCAGGAAUUCCAAACAGCCCGUCUUUUCCUCUCACACUUUGGAUUUUUGUCCUUAGAGGCAUUGAAG